AUGAGUAACACCAUCGCUUUGUCACCGGCGAUUGUCUCCGCCGUUCGUCCUCCGUCCUCUCACGACUGUCUCUCCAUUUCCGCCGCUGCUUCUACCACUAGCUCCAUCUCUCUCAAAUCUUGCAUCGCCGCACCUCUCUCGCUUUUCGUCUCUCAAUCUCGAAUCAAACGCGCGAGCUCGAGAACAACUCCGAGGACGAAGAUUCGAUGCGAUGUAGCUGUAAAAUCCGCGGAUUCGGUUAACACAGAGGCCGAUCCUUCGUCUUCGCCGUCAUCGGAGGCGGAGAUCGAAGCGGAAGCGUUGGCGAAGGUAGGAUCUAGGGUUAGGGUAACUUCGCCGUUGAAGGUUUAUCAUGUAAAUCGUGUCCCUGAGGUUGAAUUGGAAGGUAUGGAAGGUAAACUCAAAGAUUACGUCGCCGUCUGGAAAGGGAAACGAAUAUCAGCUAAUCUUCCGUAUAAAGUGGAGUUCUUCAAAGAGAUUGAAGGUCGUGGUCCUGUCAAAUUCGUUGCACAUCUCAAGGAAGACGAGUUCGAGUUUAUAGAUCCGUGA